AUGGCUCCCGGUGCCAUUGAGACGGUGUCCAAAAACACCAUUGCGGUUGCGAACCGCAAACUCGGGGAUGAGAGCUCGCACGAUAUUGUACUGAAGAGCUUUCGCUUGUUGGUAGCAGAUCUGUGCCAACAAUUCAAUGGCGGUCAUCCAGGAGGUGCGAUCGGCAUGGCAGCCAUCGGAAUCGCGCUCUGGAAAUACACAAUGCGAUAUGCACCUCAUAGCCCUGACUGGUUUAACCGAGACCGAUUCGUCCUGUCCAACGGACAUACCUGCCUCUUCCAAUACUGCUUCCUCCAUCUCACUGGCUACAAGGCGAUGACCUUCGACCAGCUCAAGUCCUACCAUUCGGAGCGGGUGGACGCUUUCUGCCCGGGCCAUCCCGAGAUCGAGCACGAGGGCAUCGAGGUGACCACGGGACCACUGGGUCAGGGUGUUGCGAACGCGACUGGUCUGGCCAUGGCGACGAAGCACCUCGCCGCGACAUUCAACAAGCCCGGGUUUGAUGUCGUGUCAAAUCACACUUGGUGCAUGAUUGGAGAUGCCUGCCUGCAAGAGGGCGUAGCACUGGAGGCCAUCUCACUUGCGGGCCACUACAAGCUCAACAACUUGACGAUUAUGUACGACAACAACCAAAUUACGUGCGAUGGAUCUGUUGAUCUUACCAACACGGAAAACAUCAACGACAAGAUGCGAGCCUGCGGCUGGAACGUAAUCGACGUCGAAGAUGGCUGCUACGAUAUUCAGGGCAUCGUCAACGCCAUGGAUGCCGCAAAGAGGUCAGACAAGCCGACGUUUAUCAACAUCCGAACCAUCAUCGGCCUUGGAAGCAAGGUCGCAGGUACUGCCGUCGCUCACGGGGCGGCCUUCGGCAAGGAGGAUGUCGCCAACAUGAAACGGGCGUACGGCUUCGACCCGGAGCAGUUCUACGUCAUCCCCGACGAGGUCAGGGCCUUCUUCAAGAACCUCCCGGCCCGUGGCGACAAGUUUGUCGAGGAGUGGGAGCAGCUGGUCGACGACUACAGCAAGGAGCACCCAGAGCUGGCCAAGCGCUUCCGGGCCCGCAUGGCCGGCGAGAUCGACCCUAGGUGGCAGGAGCUGAUCCCCGCAAAGACCGACUUUCCUUCCAAGCCGACGUCGACACGUGCGGCUUCUGGUGUCGUGUUCAAUGGCAUCGCCAAGAACAUCGACACCUUCAUGGUCGGCACCGCUGAUCUUUCUCCUUCCGUGUACAUGUAUUGGCCCGGAGCCAAGGACUUUCAGCAGCCUGACCUGGUCCCCGCUCGGGGUGAGCCUGGCGACUACACUGGGCGUUACAUCCACUACGGUAUCAGAGAGCAUGCAAUGGGUGCGAUAGCAAACGGAAUGGCUGCCUUUGCACCGGACACCAUCAUCCCUGUGACGUCCUCCUUCUUCAUGUUCUACCUAUACGCCGCGCCGGCAGUGCGGAUGGGUGCGCUCCAGCACCUGCGCGCCAUCCACGUCGCCACACACGACUCCAUCGGCAUGGGCGAGGACGGCCCGACCCACCAGCCCAUCGAGCUCGCCACCCUCUACCGCGCCAUGCCCAACAUCCACUACAUCCGGCCCGCCGACACGGAGGAGGUGGCCGGCGCCUGGAUCUCGGCCAUCCAGACCAAGGGCACGCCGACCAUCAUCUCGACCAGCCGGCACAGCCUGCCGCAGCUGGCCGGGACUUCCCGCGACGGCGUGCUGCGGGGCGCCUACGUGCUGGAGGAGGACGACGCCGCGACGCUGACGCUGCUGGGCGUCGGCGCCGAGCUCUCGCACGUCGCCGAGGUCGCGGCGCGGCUGCGCGCCGAACACGGCGUCCGGACCAGGGUCGUCAGCUUCCCCUCCUGGCGGCUCUUCGAGGCGCAGCCGCUCGAGUACAGGCGGGCCACGCUGCGGCGGCACAGCACGCGCGUGGUGGCGGUCGAGCCGUACGCGCCCAACGGGUGGGAGCGGUACGCCGACGCCGCGGCGUGCGUCACGCGGUUCGGGCACAGCCUGCCCUGCAAGGCGGCGUACAGGUUCUUUGGCUUCGACGCGGACUCGCUGCUGGGCAAGGUGCUUGGGUAUCUGGAGAGGGUCAAGGAGGACGAGCUGCUGGGGCGCGAGUUUGUGGAGUUGUAG